AUGAGUGAAGAGCCGUCUCGAUUGAUAGUCGGGGUUGACUUUGGAACCACAUCCUGUACCGUCAGCGUCGAAUGGAUGGGUAGCAAGGUUCCCCGUCUUCUUAAAUUUCCAACCCACAACAACGCCAAGAACAAUGAAGAACUAGACGCCAUCCUUGCAUGCUCGCCAGAUAAAUGGUAUUACGGCGAUAACGCCCAAUUUCGGCCAAAUGCCGUUCUCUUUGAACAUAUCAAACUUGCGGCUAUGGGGCGGAAGCCAUAUACGAGUCUGCUGAAGAGAGCUGUGCAUGAGGCAGCGACGAUAAACGGGACGGCCCUGACCAUCUUGAAUCUGUUUGAGAAGCUUUUUUCGUACAUUUUUGAAGUUUUAGAGGAGCAAUUCCCCAAAUUGCCAGAAAGCAGUGUCUACUCGAUGGGUCGACCUUUCCACGAAAUCCAGAAAGCCUGUCGAGUGACGUAUCCGGUGGAAUACAACAUUUGGCUUAGAAUGAUGCUCUUUGAGGCGGCACGAAAGGCGGGAUUCAAUGAGGUGGCCGGAGUCUCGGAGCCUUUGGCAGCUGCCCACUAUAUUGCAUUUGAAAGUGAACGUGCUCGGCUGCCUUCCCAAGCUAUGUUAAUCAUUGAUAGUGGCGGUGGAAGCACAGAUGGGGCAACGGUAUUUUUUGAUGCUGAAGAAGAAGUCAAGUUGGCUUGCCCUACGGAUGGGUUUGAUGGAGGAAGCCAGAUGAUCAAUGACGCUGCGCGCACGUGCUUGCAGUAUAAACUCCCCGACAAUGCCUACUUGAAAGAUGAUGAAUGGUGGCCAAGGAUUUCCCGAGAGAUCGAAGGUCAUAAAAGAAGGUUCGAUGCAACCACGGCUGUCGUCAUCCAAAUUGUGAACGAAAGCGUGUCGAUAGGGAUUGAGGAAAUGAAGAAACUCUUCCAGCCCUUGAUCCAGGGCAUCCUGAAAUUAGCUAUGAGACAAUAUACCGCGGCUAGUGAGAACGGCCAUCCGCCUAGCGAUUUCGUUCUUACUGGUGGGUUUGCGCGAAACAGCUGGGCUACUACCUAUCUUUUUUCGGAGGUGCAAAAGUUGAUGCCUGGAAUGAAAUGUACCACCGAAGUUGCAGUCGAGACUGUGGCUCAAGGGGCGCUCAGAUAUGCGCGAAAGCCAUUGAAGGAGGUCACCAUGGCUCGUGUGGAUGUGGGACUAUCUUACUUGGAGGAUCGCACGCCAAGUGGGAGGCCCUUGGGAGGAGAUCGGGUAAAAGACGCUAUCGGCUGGGUUAUCUUGAAGGGCGAAGCCGCUGGGGCUGAGAGUCGCGUGGUAUUGAUUAAAACCGUCUAUCGGGACAAGCGGGAGCGGCCGAAUGAAUUCAUCUCGUCUAAGGUCUGGACAACGACCGAUGGUUUUGAUCAAAAGAUGAUUCAGCCUAAUAGCCGGAAUGAUUGGGACUGUCCAAUCACAUAUCCAAUUACUGGAUUACGAUCGGACUUAAAUUGUAUCGGCAUCAUCGAGGCCAAGAUUCCAUAUGACAGAUUAUUUCCCGCCGGCAGCAAGCAUGAUCAGGUGGAAGCGCGAUUCCUUUUCACCGUUAGACCCAAGGACCAACUUCUUGAAGCGACAGUCUCUCUCAUAUGCGACAAUCACAACCCGUUAUUGCUUGAAAAGUCCUACGUAUCCGCCCCCACCUGGGUCCCUCAGUCAGAAUUUGACGUCGAGAGAGACCGCCAUGACGCGAAAACGAAAAACACCUGCACCGAAAAGAAACUUCACAGAUUCGCCUAUGCCACGAGGGCCAAGGCCUGGUUCGGUGCUUCCGCCUCAAUCUAG